AUGUGGGGGGCUGCUGAGCAGCACUUGCAGAAGACGGCCUACGGUGCAGGACGCUACUGGGGCGACUCGGGACUGUCAGAUGAUGGAGAAGGUAGCCCUCCGCAGGAGGAAUCGGAUGACUGCGGAGACCUGGAAGACCAGGAGAUGGCGAGCAUCCGUGCCUACCUCAUGGAGGGAUACUUGGAGGAGGGUCGACGCAGGCUGGGCGAGCACCUUUCAGAUACAGAGCUGUUGGAUGGGAGCGCCCUAGCUCGGCUUUCUGCGUCUUCUUUCUCUUCCUGCAGCGAGCCGUCCUUUGCCCAACCUCAUGCACCCGGACAUUUGCCUCUCGGUGCAGCUCAUGCAGGAACAGCACUGCCAGGACUUGUGCGGCCUCCCGUUCUGGGGAAGUUUGUGAACACCUCGGACAAAGUCAGUCUGAGACUGAACAAAGAUCUGGCGAAAUGGACAGCCCGUGAGGUCCUCCAGAUGACGCGAACGCAUUUGUGCCAAUUCGAUCCGGUGAACGCCAUCAUGGCCUUGCACAGGGUGGGUCGAAGCAUGGACCGAUGGGAGGCGCAGGCGGAGCCCACUUUGCGGGAGACGCUGCGCGACCUGGUGGAAAAAGUGUCCGCGAUCAUCCUCGAGGUGGCACCCGAGCUGGAGGCGAAGGAGUUGGCGAAGAGCUGCUGGGCACUGGCCAAGCUGAGCCUCAACGACGCGCCCAUCAUGGACAUCAUUGCCGACCAGCUGGCCCAGAGGGCUGGCGAGCUCGAUGGCCAUGGGCUUUCCAAUACUGUGUGGGGCUUCGCAACAGCUCGCGCAGGUGACACGAGGCUGGUAGAGGCCAUUGCGAAGGAGGCCAUGCUGCGUGCGAAGGACUUUGGUCCGCAAGGGCUUUCGAACAGCGCUUGGGCUUUUGCCAAGCUGGCAUACCACGCUCCGUUGCUUUUCCAGAGCCUGGCGGAGCAGGCACUCCUCCGCGUGGCGGAUUUCGAUCCGCAAGGCCUCGCCAACAUGACCUGGGCCUUUGCAACCCUGGCGUGCAAACAUGUCCAGUUUACUGACGUCGUUGCUCGCGAGCUGCUGACGGGCAUCUCUCGAUGGUCUGCGCAAAACAUCGGAAACACUGCCUGGUCCUUUGCCAAGCUCAAGGUGCAUCACCCGGAGGUGUACGCCGCCAUUUCCGCCGAGGUCCUUCACACCCUGACAGCUUGGAAUGCCCAGGGCCUUUCCAACGUGGUGUGGGCUUUUGCUAAGUUGGAGAUCCAGCAUCGGCCCUUCUUCGGCGCGCUGGCCGUCGAGAUCACCGCCAAGGUAAAGUAUUUCCAGCAGCAGAACCUGGUGAACGUCCUCUGGGCCUAUGCGAAAGUUCACCAGCAAGAAGCACAGCUUUUCACGGCCGCCGCUGCGAGUGUGUGCCUCCAGGCCGGCAGCUUCAAUCCACAGCACUGCUCCAACACGUUCUGGGCCUUCGCCUGCCUGAUGCUCCAGGCUCAGCCUGCUCUGGCGGCUGUGUCGCAGCGAAUUCAGCAGGACCACAGGAGCUCGCAAGCGCAAGAUGUGGCCAAUGUCCUCUGGGCCUGCACCCGCCUGGCGUACAAGGAUCCUGGUCUUCUGGAGGUCCUCUUGGUCGAGGCAAGGAGGAAGGCUGGCACGUUCCAGCCCCAGAAUCUAUCCAUCUCGGCUUUCUCGCUGGCGCAGCUCCGCGUCAGUGACCGGGCCACCCUGAGCCAGCUCUUGGAGAACGCCGCUCUGCGUGCAGGUAGCUUCGACGGCCAAGGGUUGGCUAAUCUCGGCCAAGCCAUGGCAAAGACCCAGGUAGUCCAUGAUGGGCUCCUGCACGUGCUGGUGUCGGAGUCGCGGGGGUGCCCAUGGAAGUUCUCACCCCAGGAGCAAUCGAUUCUGGCGUGGGCUUUCUCUGCCCUGACAGUUGGCUUGCAGGAGGAUGAAAAAAGGCCCGUUACGGGGAAGGCCUUUUACGGGGAAGGCCCUUACGGGGAAGGCCCCUUUACGGGGAAGGCCCCUUACGGGGAAGGCCCCUUACGGCGGCGGGAUGCUGUGGCGGGGGUGCUCUGGCCCCUUACGGAGAAGGCCCCUUACAGGGAGGGGAAGGCCCCUUACGGGGAAGGCCCCUUACGGGGAAGGCCCCUCACGGGGAAGGCCCCUUACGGGGAAGGCCCCUUACGCAGAAGGAGGGCACCGGCCUCCCGCUGGGUCUUCAACGACUCAUGUGCCGCUUUGCUUCGCAUUGACACGUUCGGCAGGAAGAGAACGCAGUGGGGCGAGGGCUUCGAAGUUCGCAUCGCACACGAUCGCGAACGCGAUGAGCCAGACAUCAAGCAAAACACCCUGACGCCGAACCAGAUGCCUAGGCUGGGCGAUCCAUACGUACGUCUUUUCCGGCAGGGCGGCCAGAGACCGAACGAAGAUCCUCCACAAGUACACGCCCUUCGAUAUGCCGCGCCUCUUGCACUGCAAUCGUCUGGGCUACAGGCCCUUGUUGGGUCCGUUUAG